AUGAAUUGCACAAACCUUGUAGAACUGCAUUUGGGAUCCAACAACUUGGAAGGAGAUAUCUCCAUGCUUGAUUUCUCCAAACUUAGUCAACUUACUAAACUGGAUCUAAGGAACAAUAACUUCACUGGUACGGUUCCAGUAAGUCUUUACUCAUGUCAGUCCUUAAAAGCCAUUGCAUUGAGUAAAAAUCAUCUAGAGGGACAAAUACAAGCUGAAAUUCUUUCAUUGAAAUCCUUAUCCUUCCUCUCGAUUAGUUUCAACCAAUUCACCAACCUCACAAGGGCAAUGAAGAUAUUAAUGAGUUGCAAAAGUCUUCACACACUCAUUCUUUCUAGUGCCUUUGAAGGUGAGGGAAUGCCAUUUGAUGAUGACAUGGUUGAUUUUGACGGAUUCCAAAAUCUUCGGUUUUUAAAUUUGGCUAGUUCUAACCUCACUGGUCAAAUACCGGUAUGGUUAUCAAAGCUCAAGAAUAUAGAGAUAUUGCAACUGGGUGAUAAUCAAAUCACAGGGCCAAUUCCAAGUUGGUUGGGGACUCUUCCUAGACUGUUUUAUAUAGACUUGUCAGACAACCAAAUUUCAGGUGAAUUUCCAAAGCAACUUUGUAGACUACCAAGGUUGAUUUAUGAAGCAGAAGACCAAUAUGAAUUUGAAUUGCCUGUCUUCGGCGGGAUAAAUCCUGAAAGUCAACUUUUUCGAAAAUUGUCUUCUUUUCCAGCAGUAAUAGACUUAUAUAACAAUAACAUGAGUGGUCAUAUACCUACUGAGAUCGGCGAAUUGCAGCUUCUCUGCGAGUUGGAUCUUCAUUCUAACAACUUCUCCGGCGUUAUUCCAGACCAAAUAUCUAACCUAAAAAUUUAG